AUGAGCUACAGCAAUACCGCGUCCAGUAAGUCAAUUGCUACGCCUGGAAGUAGGAAGUACUCGAUAUCCGAGGCGUUCAGCCAGAGUUUUUCCAAUAGUCCUAAUCCAUUUGACUUUGGUGGUAGAAGUUAUGUCUUCUCAGGAAGUGUCAAUAAUUUGAACUCUCCAGCAGUUCAAUCGGGCCAUCAAGUUCACGAACAAACUGCCCAUUUGGCCAAUAUUGGGGUGACAGAUGAUGAUGACUCCAAUACAAACGACGACUAUUAUCAUGAGGAUUCUUCACUUUCAGGUGACAAUAUUUCCUCUUCACCCCCAAUUCCAAUCCGUGGUGCUGAAGCUGCUCUUCAACGUAAGGCCAGUCCACCACCAAACUUUGCAUCCAGUACCACCCCUUUAAUCUCCACCACCCCAUACAAGACGUACAUGGACGAGCAGGCUGCUGUCAAGGCUUCCUCGGAACCUUGGAACCAAAAUGCUCAACCUCAAUUCCACAAUCCAUUUGACAUGGAAAGUAGCCCCGUCACCGAUGUUGAUGGUCCCUUUGGUACUGCUAAUGGCCCAGGCGCAGAACCAAGUUUCAUCCACCGUUGUGUGGUUAAACCUGUCCAAUACUUGCCAGCUGUUUUCCUCGGAACAUUGCUCAACAUCCUUGAUGGUCUCUCAUACGGUAUGAUCAUGUUCCCCAUUUCUGAGGCCAUCUUUUCACACUUGGCCCCAUCGGGUCUUUCCAUGUUCUACAUGUCUACAAUUGUGUCCCAACUUGUCUUUUCUCUUGGAGGUUCAGCAUUCAAAUCCGGGAUUGGUUCGGAAAUGAUUGAAGUCACCCCGUUUUUCCACUCUAUGGCAUUUUCCAUCAUGAACGAUAUGGGGGGUUCUGAUGGUAACUCCGACGCAAUCAUUGCUACCACCAUUGUAACUUAUGCUAUUUCCUCCAUCGUAACAGGUAUAGUGUUUUUCAUCUUGGGUAAAUUGAAGUUGGGUAGCUUAGUUGGGUUCUUCCCUCGUCAUAUUCUUGUUGGAUGUAUUGGAGGUGUGGGUUAUUUCUUAGUGGUCACAGGGAUUGAAGUUUCUUCAAGACUUGAAGGUGGGUUGUUGUAUGACUGGCCAACUUUUGAGUUCCUUUUCCUUGAAAAAGUACCCUUGUUACAAUGGACAACUCCAUUAAUCCUUGCACUUAUUUUGAUUGCUCUUCAACAUCGAAUCCAUAACUCGUUACUCGUUCCUCUUUUCUUCAUUGGGGUCUUUGUUGCCUUCCAUGCCAUUGUUGCCAUUGUACCACAAUGGUCUUUGGAAGAUGCAAGAGAUUUUGGUUGGGUUUUCCCAGCCGUUGAAGAUAAUGAACCUUGGUAUGGAUUCUAUUCUCUUUACAAGUUUCAACUUGUAGACUGGUGGUGUAUUAUGAAGCAAAUUCCUUCAAUGCUUGCCUUGACCUUUUUCGGGAUUUUGCACGUUCCUAUUAAUGUUCCGGCAUUGGCUGUCUCCGUUGGCAUGGACCAAUUCGACGUGGACCGUGAAUUGGUUGCCCAUGGUUAUUCUAACGCUCUUUCUGGUAUGAUUGGUAGUAUUCAAAACUACUUGGUCUAUACCAAUUCAGUUCUUUUCGUUAGAGCAGGUGCAGAUGAUAGAUUGGCUGGGAUUUUGUUGGCAGUUGCCACUGGUGCUGUCAUGAUGGCAGGUCCUGUGGUCAUUGGAUAUAUCCCAGUUUGUGUUGUAGGAUCCUUAAUUUAUUUAUUGGGUUAUGAAUUACUCAAGGAAUCACUCUAUGAUACUUGGGGUAGAUUGAAGAAUAUUGAGUAUUCAACCAUUAUUAUCAUUGUUCUCGUUAUGGGUGCUUGGGAUUUCGUCUAUGGUGUUCUUGUUGGUAUUUUACUUGCUUGUUUGUCAUUUGUGGUCGACGCAGCCCGUCGUCCUGUCAUUAGUGGUAUUUACACAGGUGUAGUGGCAAGAUCCACUGUGUUAAGACAUCCAAAACAACAAGAUUUCUUGAAAGAUGUUGGCGAUCAAAUUUGUGUUGUCAAAUUACAAGGUCCAGUCUUUUUCGGGUCAAUUGGGGGUGCUGAAACGGACAUUAGAGCUAGAUUUGAUGAAAAGAAAUUCAAUGAAACUCCAAUUAAGUUUCUUAUUUUGGAUAUGAAAGGAGUUGUUUCCAUUGAUUUCUCUGCUGCUGAAGGGUUCCGUCGUAUCCUCAAUUUAGCCAAUGAAAAGGACACUCAAUUAAUCAUUUCAUCUGUCAAUGACAAUGAUUCCAUUGUCAAGGCAUUGAGAGACGCUGGACUUUGGGAUAAUGAUCAUAAAUUAUCGAUUGAAUUGUUCAACACAUUGAAUUAUGCCUUGGAAUGGUGUGAAAACUCAUUCUUGUCCACCUACAAAAAUGUCAAGAAACAAGAAAGAUCCACCCCUAAGGCCAUUGAAGGUGGUGCUGGAGGUCUUCAAGUACCAUCGUCACCAACUAGUAACCAUAACCAUAGAAUGAGAUCAGGACUGAACCCAAACCAACUGAAGUUACUGAUUAUUUCCCAAACCCUCGAUGGGACUUUUGGUACUCCUAGAACCACUCAAGUGCUCCAAGCAGCUACUAGAACAGUCAAGGAUGAACAAAGAAUCCAAAACAGAUACUAUACUUCUUCGAGUGACUCUUCCUUUAAGAAGCAACCACUCCCACUUAUUAUGAUCACUUUCCUGGGAUUGUCAACAAAGAGCGAAUCAUUCUGGACAGAUCUUACGUCAUAUUUCACCAAGGAAGAAGUUCCAGAAGGUGUCACGUUCUACGACACCGAUAGCGAUAAGCCUACAUUUUUCUUGGUUGAAUCUGGACUCAUUAGAUCUGUUGUUAAGUUUGAAGACGGUGAUCGUGAACUCCAUUCAUCCAUUCUCCCACUAACUGCAUUUGGUGAUCUUUCUGACAUGGGUGGAAAUUACAGUCAAAUCAUAUAUUCUACUGUAAAUGAUUCAGUUGUGUGGAAGUUGAACGAAGAAAAACUUGCCAAUUUGGCUAAAAAACCAGAAGGUGCUGCCAUUUUGAAUGAGUUGUUGACAAUUCAAACAAAACUUGUAAAGGAAAGAUUUGACACAAUGACUGCAAAUUUGGUUAUCAGUGCAUAA